UGGUUAUACGUGUAUACAGCUGGUUUGUGUCGGUCUUGACCGAGAAUAAUCAACUCUUUGUAACAGGUCUUCUGCUGAAUUCUAACUAAAACACAUUCGCAUAUUUUCUCUAUACAGAUCAGUUGGACCAAAAGCGAUCGAGUUUCAACAGGAGACCUAUGGCUGAGUUGGCAGUGGGAGUGGCACUUUUACCAUUUGCUGUCGAGAGGCUUUGGAACCUACUUGUCCAAGAAACUGGGCAAUUUGAAGGAGUUGAAGAGCAGUUCGAGGGAUUGAAAAAUGAUGUGGAUAUGUUAAGGUGCUUUCUGAAAGAUGCAGAGGCCAAGAAACAUGCAAGUGAAAUGGUGAGGAAAACUAUCAAAGACAUCAAAGAAAUUGUUUUCGAUGCAGAAGAUAUCAUCGAAACCUUUAUUCUGAAGAAAGAAAUCGGAGAAUCAAGCAGUAGCAGGGUGAAAAGAUUUGCAUAUGUUACUGUGAAAAGCAUGGUGCUUGGGUUUGAUAUGAAAACCAUAAGCAAGAGGAUCUCUACAGUGAUCAGUGAUAUGCAGAAACUUGACGUACAAAAGGUCAUUGUCGAUGACGACCAUAUGAAGUCUCUACAGGUAAAAGAAAGAGAAAUGAGACAAACGUUUUAUAUCAGUCAAGUAGUUCAAUAACCUAUUGUUGGGAUGGAGAGAAAUAUUGGGAUAUUGGUUGGCUAUUUGGUGGAGGAGGAUAGCAGUCAAGUAGUUUCAAUAACCGGGAUGGGCGGUCUUGGUAAAACCACACUCGCAAGAAAAGUUUUUAAUCAUGAGACAAUAAAAAGUCAUUUUCCAGGAUUAGCAUGGGUUUGUGUUUCGCAACAGUUUGAAAGGAAGCGUGUCUGGCAGACAGUCUUGCGACAAUUCAGGCCUGAAUGCGACGUGUCAAAGAUGAUGGAAGACGAACUUCUGGAGAAGAUUGUUCGAGUGUUGGAAACACAAAAGGCUUUGAUCGUCAUUGAUGAUAUAUGGAAAGAAGGAGACUGGGACCUAAUCAAGCAUGUGUUUCUGCCGAAAAAAGGAUGGAAGGUAUUACUUACUUCCCGCAAUGAGGAAGUGGGAUUACAUGCAGAUAGACAAUGUGUUAACUUCAGACCAGAAUGCCUAACUUUUGAAGAAAGUUGGGAUCUUUUUCAAAGGAUAGCAUUUCCUAUUAAAGACACAGAUGAAUUGAAGAUUGACGAAGUCAACAUGAAAGAAAUCGGAAUGGAGAUGCUUAAACAUUGUGGAGGUCUACCACUGGCUAUUAAGGUUUUGGGGGGAUUGUUAUGUAAGAAGUACACAUUGCAUCAGUGGAAAAUGAUACAAGAGAACAUCAAAGCUCGCAUCGUUACAGGGAGUGGCUCUGAGGACAGAAAUGUCAAUACGAAGGUUUACGAUGUUUUGAAUCUGAGUUUCGAGGAGCUGCCUGCUUAUUUAAAGCAUUGCUUCCUUUACCUUGCUAGUUUUCCAGAAGAUUAUGAUAUAGAUGUGGAGACACUUUCCUAUUACUGGGCUGCAGAAGGAAUACUGAGCUCAAUGGAUGGAGCGAGCAUUCGAGAGGUUGCAGAUGGAUACAUAGAAGAACUGGUGAAGAGGAACAUGGUUAUUUCUAAAAGAGAUGUUAAAACUUUAAGAUUUGAAACAUGUCAGUUGCAUGACAUGAUGAGAGAAGUUUGUUUGCGCAAAGCUGAAGAAGAGAAUUUCGUACAAACCAUUGACGCAUCAACUGCAAAUUUGAAAUAUCCUUGUAAGUCUCGCAGACUUUCUGUCGUAAGUUGGCAUGCUGAUACAUUGAAUGUCGAUACAGAGGUGAAGAAUCCAAGCCUUAGAAAUCUCUUAUUUAUCAAGUGCAGAGGAUGGAAGGCAACAAAUUUACUGUUUACAAGGCAUAAGCUGAUGAGAGUGUUAGAUCUCUCUUAUGUGGGGUUUGAAGGAGGAAAUGUACCCUCUAGCAUCGGGAAGCUCAUCCACUUGAGAUAUCUUAGUUUCAAGGGGUCAUAUGUAACUCAACUGCCUUCUUCUAUGCGGAAUCUGAAGAAGCUUCUCUAUUUAAACCUAUGUGUAGAAUGGAGAUAUCCAGUCUACAUGCCCAGUAUAUUGAAAGAGAUGCGAGAAUUGACAUUCUUGUGUUUGCCAGAGAGCUUACAUGAUGAGACAAAGUUGGAAUUGGAAAAUCUGGUGAAGCUGGAAACGUUGGAGAGUUUCUCCACAAAACAUGGGAGAGUGACGGAUCUACAAGGUAUGACACGGCUCAGAUCUCUCACUAUCUUUAUCAGAGACGAGAGUUAUGCUAUCGAAACUCUAUCUUCAUCUCUAAAAACUCUAUCUUCAUCUCUAAGUAAACUUUCACACUUGGAGAGUCUUAUCAUAAAGAACAAAAGACGUUAUACUCCCACCAAUGAUGAUGAAGAAGGAUUUGUUUGGAAUUUUGUUCAUCUCAGACAGCUGGAGUUGGCAAUAUAUAUGCCAAGGUUACCUGAUGCUCAGCACUUUCCUUCUCACCUUACAACCAUAUCUCUAAAGGAGUGUUGUUUGAAGGAGGAUCCAAUGCCGAUUCUAGAGAAGUUGCUUCACUUGAAAGAGAUUAGUUUACAUGGUCGAUCUUUCAGUGGGAGGAGAAUGGUUUGUUCGAGAGGUGGGUUUCCUCAGUUGGAGAAGCUAAAAUUUAAGAGAUUAGAGGAGUGGGAAGAGUGGAUAGUAGAAGAAGGCUCUAUGCCCCUUCUCCAGACUCUCGAUAUUACAUGUUGUUCAAAGCUAAAGGAGCUUCCUGAUGCAGUCCGAUUCAUCACUAACUUGGAGGAUCUGAGUGUUGAUAAUAUGGGAGACGAAUUCAGUUUGAGAUUGUUAGAAGAAUACUUGCCUUCUCAACUUACAACCAUAUCACUAACUGAUUGUUGUUUUACAGAUGAUCCGAUGCCGAUUCUAGAGAAGUUGCUUCACUUGAAAUUGGUUAAAUUAUCGAGUAAGUCUUUCAGUGGGAGGAGAAUGAGUUGCUCAAGGAAUGGAUUUCCUCAAUUGCAGAAUCUAGUUUUUUAUGGAUUAGAGGAGUGGGAAGAAUGGGUAGUAGAAGAAGGCUCUAUGCCCCUUCUCCAUACUCUCGAUAUUAGUAGCUGCAAUAAAUUAAAUGAGCUUCCUGAUGGGCUGCGAUUCAUCACUUCCUUAAAUCAUCUUACUGUUGAAUACUCAAUUAUUAGAUUGUCGGAAAGAUACUUGCCUCCUCACCUUACAACUAUAUCUAUAACUGGGUGUUGUUUGGAGGAGAGUCCGAUGCCAGUUUUAGAGAAGCUGCUUCACCUAAAAGAGGUGUAUUUAGGGGAAAUAUCUUUUUAUGGAAGGAGAAUGGUUUGCUCCAAUGGUGGGUUUCCUCAACUGCAGAAGCUAAGAUUUGAUGGAUUAUAUGAGUGGGAAGAGUGGAUAGUAGAAGAAGGCUCCAUGCCCCUUCUCCAUACUCUCGAUAUUCACUAUUGUCCAAAGUUAAAGGAGCUUCCUGAUAGACUGCGAUUCAUCACUUCUUUGAAGAAGCUGACCUGUUAUGAUAUGGGAAAGGGAUGGGAAAAGAGACUGUCGAAAGGAAGAGAGGAUUAUUACAAAAUCCAACACAUCCCUUCUGUUACAAUUCGUUGAUUGAUCUGGGAAAUAGAUAGUGGAGUCAGACAGCAGCUGAAGGAGACUCUCAGCAAUUAUGGACUAUCAGUGGCAAACAGAGAAUUUACAAGUGAAACAUACUGGCACACUGACGCGGUGAAGCUGUUCGACGAACUGAGACACUUGAUCUCCUGCAAUGCUUUAAGUUUGCCUAUAGAGAGAUAGAGAGAUGUAUUAAGGGCGGGAAGUGAAUCUGUUCCUCGAAGGUUCUCAUGUACGUACCUUUGUUGACUGAGAGAGAUGUGAAAUAUGUUAAGAUUCUUAUAUUUUAUUUGUAUUCUCUUUACAUUUUCUUCUCAAGCGACUAGGCUUUUGAAAAUUUCCGUAUAAAACUGCUUUAAAACUC